UUCGUUGCACCCGCAACCUGAAACACGGUAUAAAAUCCACCGUCUUCAUAACAUUAAGCUAUUUUCUUUCGGUGAAGACUUGCAAGAUCCUGCUAAUGAUUCGAAAGGUACUUUUGUUAACAAUAAUGUCGGUAGGAAUUUUGAGCGAACCUCAAGGACCUGCCUAUCUUCCACCUACAGGAACACGUCCAGCUACUGGUGGUCACCCUGACGAGUGGGUCGGUGAUCCGGCAAAUUACGAAUUUUCAUAUGAAGUCGAGGACGCAGUAGCUGGAUUAAAUUUUGGCCAUCACGAAUCACGAAAAGAUAACGAAGCAACUGGAGCUUAUCACGUAUUAUUACCAGAUGGUAGAACACAAAUUGUCGAUUAUAUCGCCGACAAUGGUGGUUACAGGCCCAUGGUACGAUACGAAGGAACAGCAACUUAUCCAGCUCCAGGACCUGCUCCUGGAGGAUCUACCAGUAACGAGGGAUAUAGAUAUUAGAGAUUUAUAUUGAAAUUAGUUUUUCAAUAAAA